GGUGUGUCUGGCUCAGAGGGGACACCACCAGCCUGUGCUCUGUGCGGGCGGCUCUCCUCUCCCAGCCCCAGGUAUCAGGAGCUCGGGAACGCCUGCAGUAGCAAUUCUCUUGCUGAAACUAACAGUGAUGCCAAAGGAAAAAUAUGAUCCUCCCGAUCCUCGCCGAAUUUACACCAUCAUGUCAGCAGAAGAGGUAGCCAAUGGGAAGAAGUCUCACUGGGCUGAAUUAGAGAUCUCGGGUAGAGUGCGGAGCUUAAGUACGUCGCUUUGGUCACUGACGCACUUGACUGCUCUACACCUCAAUGACAAUAAUCUUACUCGCAUUCCACCUGAUAUUGCCAAGCUUCAUAAUCUGGUUUACCUGGAUCUGUCAUCCAACAAACUCAGAAGUUUACCAGCAGAACUAGGAAACAUGGUGUCUCUCAGGGAAUUGCUUUUAAAUAACAAUCUAUUACGGGUUUUGCCUUACGAACUUGGACGGCUCUUCCAGCUACAAACCCUAGGUUUGAAAGGCAAUCCUUUAUCACAAGAUAUUCUCAGCCUCUACCAAGAUCCAGACGGAACUCGAAAGCUACUGAACUACAUGCUUGACAAUCUAGCAGGUGACAGACCUACAAAUCUUGAUUGACAGAAAUGGUUUAAAAGCAUGCAUGUCUGACAGUAUUUGCCACUAAAGCAAGAAAGUGAACCACAGAGGGGAGAGCAUUUUCUAACUGCGUUUGUGUUUUUGUCAAGCAGUUCUAGCCAUACACACACACACAAAGGAAGAGGUUCGUAUAUACUGUCCAAGCUUUUCACGGGUUACCCAGCCAGUUGUUCUCACUGCGGUUUGAAACCCUUCAGUUUCCAUAAAGUCUUCCUUGCUAAAGCCAUUUCAAUACUUUCCCCUUGAAAUUAUAAUGCAAACAGAAGCAGAAUGUCAAACUUGGAAAUGUGAUUCUGAUUAAGAAUAUCAAGUACCUGCGUCAUGGUUCUGUAACUGAGUUUUCUGUUUUGCCACUUGAUCUCUCGUGUGGUAAAACAGAACAAACUUCUGCCUCUGCUCUAAGGUUCCACAGAUGGAAUUUUAAAUGGUCUUGGGGUCAGCUCACAGCUGAGCUUUACAGUGUUGUAAAACAGCCGUGGUUUGAGGUGGCACAUAUUAUGCCAACUCAUAGCAAUCUCCAACUUUGUAAAUGGAGAGUGUGCAUUACAGGAACCAUGGAUGUACGGCAGAGUUCUCGGAGAGGGGAGUAUAGGAUGUCUGAACCACUGCAAGAUUUACGACUUCUUCCUCAACAAUAUUUUCAAGGUGCAUGUGUAUAUCACAGAAUCACAGAAUCACAGAAUUGUAGGGGUUGGAAGGG